AUGUGCCCUUGCUUCCAGAGGUUUGCUGUGCAGAGAGCUGGAGUUGCAAAGAGCCAGAAGGAGUUCCUGCCUGCUGACUACCGGAAGCAUGUGCGUCCAAAACCAAAGGAUGGCGAGGCAGUGAAAGUUGGUGUCAGCUGGCACAUCAGCCGCGUGCACGCAGUCAAUAUCAACGCCAUGACCAUGAAGCUCUCCCUCCGGCCGACCCUCGAGUGGCACGACCCGAGGAUCAACUUCACCGGCGACCUGAAGGCGGACGACCCGAAGGAGCUGGUGCCCCUCAGCCUGGGGUUCCUCCUCCACACCUGGAAGCCCGACCUGUUCUUCCUCGACACGCAGGACGUCAGGAAGUUUAAAAUGAUAGACGAGGUGGCCGGACUCUGGGUCACCAGCAAUCGCACCUUCUACCUGUCCUUUCAGGUGCUGUUGAUAAUCGAUUGUCCGAUGAAGUUCCAUUCGUAUCCCUUUGAUGUCCAGAUCUGCUCCGUUACGAUGACAUCUUUCGAAUACGACGCAGAAGAACUGGAGAUAUUCUGGCUGCCCCAGAAAGUCACCUACUCGCGCCAUCUAUCGGACCAGCUGCCAGACUACGAGCUCAAAGUGUUGCCAGAAAGCUUGACUGAACAUCAUUGGUGCCAAGACUGCAUCGUCGAGCCUUCGUCAGCAGUGCAGAACAGCAUCAAGUUAUCUCGCAGAUAUCAUGGGCAUCUCUUCACCUUGUUCUUACCCUCUGUCUUAAUCGUGGCUGUGUCUUGGGCUUCGUUCUUCUGGCCAGCUAAAGUCAUACCCGCUCGAACAGGCUUGGCUGUCACGUCUCUUUUGACUACUGUGUCUAUGUAUGCCUCUGCCAGGGAGUGGAACGCCAAGGGACUGGAGGCGAUGCAGCAUGUGAAGCCUGUAUGA